CAAGCCGUCGGCUCGAUAUUUGUUGCACAAGACUAUUCUCAGGACGAGUUCGCAUUCAAUUGAUACCACAGAUUGAGAAAAGUGACAGCGGGGGAAACGGAGAGGUUUACUAUGAAGAACAGCUCGUGAUACAAGUUUCUCAUUUCAUCAGAAUGGACUAUAUGGAUAUGGAUGACGAUGAUAAUGGACUAUGGCGCUGGAAUUGGACUGAGCUGUGCGGGAUCAGAGGUAGCAUAAGACCGAUUAAUCCCAAUACACACGACCUUGGCACGUGCUUUCAACAAUUAUGCCUUCAGAUCCCAGUCCUUGCUUUGUUGGCAAUGCUAUCAGCCUACUAUUGCGGAAAACGGACAAUGUUGAUAGCACGAUCAAACCGUGUUUAUUAUGUAAUUGUGCUCAGACUUUUUAUAACCGCGUGUCUAGCGUUGCUGCCUAUCAUCAAAGCGUACAUUAUAUUGAGCAAUGCAACAACGCUUCCCUUGCAUAGUUCCAUUGUGACUAUAAAUAAUAAAAGUGUUGACAGUGACAACACACUGGAUAUUCCAUUCAUCAUGGUCAGUAAGCCUAGGACGGAAGCGAAUGAACCUGCCAUUGUUUUAGAAGCUGAAGAAAUGAUGAGAAAAAAUAGUACCGUGGUCAAAGGCAUUUUGAAUGAAAACAACAGUCUUCCCCAUGCUACGACAAGUGCUCCAGCUUUUCGAGGAGCUACCUAUAGUUAUGUAGUAUAUAACAACAUCGAAAACAUAGCCACAUCGGCAAAGCCUAUUGAUUACUUGGUUGCCGGAACUGAAGGUUUAGCUUGGGUUGUUCAUUUCUGUUUUGUAUUAGGACUUAGCAAUGGAAAUCAGUUUAACCCACGCGGUCCUGUGUCCAUCAGAGCUUUAUUUUUUCUAUUAAUGGGUAUUUCUAUUUUGCUGUUACGUUCUCACGUCAAACACACUCCGCUUGAUGAUACACUGCCGAAUCUUUCACUUGGAUUCAGCAUCGCCACUGUGACGCUCUUAAUCUUGUACGCUAUAACGCUAAUCCCAGGCAGUGCAAGCCUCGUCGAACAUAGUCAGAUCGGGGAGCACACAGCUCUCUUGAACAGUCCUGGGCAUCCUGUUUCGUUCUUUCACUAUGGCUUUCUCGAAGAGAGGGACCCGAGUUAUCUCGGGACUGCUAUGGAAGAUACAACUGUCAUUUCAAAGCUGCUGUUUCACUGGGUUACGCCGCUUAUGCAAAAAGGGGUAAAAGGGCUGCUUAAUCACUCUGAUGACUUGUACGACCUCCCUGUUGAUGUCAGCACCUCUAGUGUCAGUCAUGAUGUGAAUCGCUACAUCCAUGAUAAGAUCCAGAAACGAAGAGAUUACGUCAAUGUUGACGCAACUUCGGCAUCAUAUAUUCCAGAAACAUUAAUCAUGUCAGAAGCACCUCGCGUUUCGUUAUUGAAACUCUUGCACAAGUGUUUUGGUAUCCAAUGUUACGCCGUUGGUAUUUUGAAAUUUGUUGCCGAUUGUUCCGGGUUUAUGGGACCCAUAUUGCUAAAUCAACUGGUUGGAUUUAUUGAAGAUAAAAGCGAGCGACUUUCACUCGGUUACAUGUACGCAGCCUUACUUUUUUUAUCUACACUAGUAGGAGCCUUUUGCAAUUCUCACUUUACUUUCUGGAGUUCGGUUAUUGGAUUGAAAAUGAGAGCGGCUAUAGUCACAUUAGUGUACAGAAAAACUUUGCAUUCUUCCAAUGUUGAGUUAACAAAAAAAUUCACAUUCGGAGAAAUUGUUAAUUUCAUGAGUACAGAUGCCGACAGAAUUGUCAACAGUUGUCCAAGUUUGCACACUUUAUGGAGUAUUCCUUUGCAGUUGAUCGUAACUUUGUACCUUCUGCAUAAUCAAAUAGGAAUAUCAUUCCUUGCUGGAGUCGCAUUUGCGAUUAUUUUAAUUCCCAUAAAUAAGCUUAUUGCAAACAAAAUUGGAGCUUUAAGUACAAAGCUAAUGGACUGCAAAGAUAAGAGGGUGCGAUUAAUGGGUGAAACAUUACGUGGUGUGACUACAAUAAGAUUUAAUGUUUGGGAGGAGUAUUUUCUUGACAGAAUUCUGAAAUUGAGAGAAAGCGAAGUGAAAUACCUGAAGGGAAGGAAGUACUUGGAUGCUCUAUGCGUCUACUUCUGGGCCACAACUCCAGUGCUAAUUUCCAUUCUAACAUUUGCCACUUAUUCACUGCUCGGCAAUAAUCUAGAUGCUAGAACAGUCUUCACCAGUAUGGCAUUGUUGAAUAUGUUGAUUGGACCAUUGAAUGCGUUUCCAUGGGUUUUGAACGGCCUAACCGAAGCGUGGGUCUCAAUAAAAAGAAUCCAAAGGUUUAUGGGAUUACCAGAUUUAGAUGCAGACGCAUAUUAUUCGGAUCCGCCCGUCGGAAUAGAUGUUAUGCUGAGGAAUGCCACUUUCAAAGUUAACACUCAACAAACUUUUUCGCCACCUAUUCCUGCUUCAAACAACAUGGUCAGUCCUGCAUCCAGUUCGGAUAGCCGAAAAAUCGUCACAUUCGAGGAUGAGAAUUCAUUUACUCUGCAGGAUAUUAACAUCACUAUUCCGAAGGGUCAAUUGAUUGGUGUAAUGGGAAAAGUAGGAAGUGGCAAAUCCACUUUGCUGGAUGCUAUCUUAGCUGAAAUCACUAAAGAGGAUGGAAUCAUUGCUGUUAACGACCUGGACAAGGGAUUUGCCUACGUUAAACAGAGCCCGUGGCUCCAGAGAGCCACGGUUCGGGAUAAUAUUCUCUUUGGUAAAGCAUACGACCACAGCAAGUAUAAAAAUGUUUUGAAAGCAUGUGCUUUAACCGAAGACUUGAACAAUCUACCGAAAGGGGAUUUGACUGGAGUUAGUGAAUCUGGUGACAGUUUGAGCGGAGGUCAGAAGACUAGGAUAACAUUAGCGAGAGCCGUUUAUGCGGACAAAGACAUAUACCUUCUCGAUGAUAUAUUAGCAACUUUAGACUUGAAAGUAGCGAAUUACAUUUUCCAAGCGGUGAUACUUGGUGUGUUGAAAGACAAAACGAGAAUCCUGUGCACCCAUCACACGCAGUAUUUAAUACACGCUAAUUCAGUGGUACACAUGUCCAGAGGCAGAAUCAUUAAUCAAGGAAAACCGAGUGAUGUUUUGCCCGACUUGGAAGAGUACUUGUUGGCCACAGAUUCGAUCGAUUCAGACCUGGAAGUAGCUUCUGUGAAAGAAUUACCCGAGGAUAUUGGUACAGUGGAUUCAGCCGAUAAGGAUUCGCUGCUUGGUGAAGAAUAUUUUGAAACAGGAACCGUUCAGUUCAACGUCUACACGUUUUACUUAAAGUCGAUAGGAAAUUAUCUGGUCAUAUCGAUAUUUUUGUCAAUAAUAUUAAUGCAAGGAUCGAGAAAUUUCACAGACUUAUGGUUGUCGUACUGGGUUACGCAUGUAAAUACGACAAUCAACUCCACCGACUCCGGCCAGCAGCAGAUGGGAAAGUUGUUUUCGUUUUUGGACGAGUAUGAAACAAACGAUGUCAAAUACUACUUGACGAUUUACGGAAUUCUCGCCACAGUCAAUUCUUUCUGCACUCUUCUCAGGGCAUUUUUGUUUGCCUACGGUGGUAUUCAAGCCGCGAUCACAAUUCACAAACAGCUUCUGAAAAUAAUAUUAAAGGCUAGGACUACAUUCUUCGACAUCCAUCCUCUGGGAAGAAUAUUGAACAGAUUCUCAUCUGAUACAUACACAGUGGAUGACUCGCUGCCAUUCAUUGCCAAUAUUUUACUCGCUCAAUUCUUUGGCCUGGUCGGAUCCAUAAUCAUCACCAUCUACGGCUUGCCAUGGAUAUUUCUAGUCCUCGCACCAUUAGUGCCGAUGUAUCAUUGGCUGCAAAACCAUUACAGACUGACUUCAAGGGAACUCAAAAGGUUGUCGAGCACAACUCUUUCCCCAGUUUACGGUCACUUCAACGAAACACUGCAGGGUCUGAGUAGCAUCAGAGCAUUCAGAGCGACGUCCCGAUUUAAGAGAGAGAACGAAUUGUUUGUAGAAGCGAAUCAGAAAUCACAAUUCGCUUCGAUAGCUGCAGCUCAGUGGUUGGCUUUGAGGCUGCAGUUUAUAGGAGUCGCUCUUCUGGGCGGCGUUGCUGUGAUCGCCGUAAUUCAACAUCAGUUCGACGUUGCUGACCCAGGAUUAGUUGGACUGGCCAUUGCCUACGCUCUCUCCAUCACCGGGCUUCUAUCUGGAGUUGUAAACGCGUUCACAGAGACCGAAAGGGAAAUGAUUGCUGUCGAGAGAGUGAAACAGUACUUGGAAAAUACCCCCUGCGAACCUGGGAAUGGCGAUCAUCCACCGUAUGCAUGGCCCAGUCAAGGCGUUGUCGAGUUCAAAGAAGUCGUUCUUAAGUACAGAGAACAUUUAGCACCUUCUCUGAACGGAGUUUCAUUCAUGACAAGACCUGCUGAAAAAAUUGGGGUCGUGGGGCGAACAGGGGCUGGAAAAAGUUCGAUUUUAGUAUCUCUGUUCAGGCUCAUUGAGAUCGAAUCUGGAAAAAUAUUAAUUGACAAUGUAGAUACAAUGGGUCUCAGCUUGAAAGCGUUGAGGUCACGUUUGUCAAUAAUUCCUCAGGACCCGUUUCUGUUUCUUGGCACUAUUCGAGAAAACAUUGAUCCGUUGAACCAGUUUCCAGACUCUCAGGUGUACAAGGCAUUGGAAAAAUGCAAAGUUCAUUCACUGGUUCAUCGGAUGGGCGGACUUGGAGCUGUUCUAGAUGAAGGUGGAAAAAAUCUAAGCGCUGGCCAGAAACAACUGUUUUGCUUGGUCAGAGCAGUUUUGCAUAAUGCGAAGAUUUUGUGUAUCGACGAAGCGACAGCAAACGUUGACCAACAGACAGAUAAAUACAUUCAAACAACGAUCAAGUCUUCAUUCAGAAGCGCGACUGUAAUUACAAUUGCUCACAGGAUAAGGACGAUUCUUCACUGCGACAGAGUCUUGGUAAUGGGUGAUGGGGAAGUACUCGAAUUCGACGAACCAGACAUCCUGAUGCAAGAUUCGACUUCGUACUUUUAUCAACUUGCGAGCCAAGAGUUUUCUGACAAAGAGUGAUUUUGGUAUAAUGUGACAUGUUUGAGUCUCUGCUCUGCCUGCAGAAUUCAAAUAUUACGUUGUACAACAUACGACGUAAUAGUUUUUCGAUUGUGUGACUGUAUGAAAAUAUAGUGAUAUUUAGUGUUAC